AGAGACGAGACGAAAAGCACCAGUCGCUCGAACCCUAGCCGCCUACCUCCGCUCAUCUCCUCUCUUCCGCACGACGGCGUAGCUAGCCCCUCCGACACGGACUAGCUCCGCGCCCCUGACUCGCGCGCGGUUUCUAGGGUUUAUCUGUCGAACGGUCGCGAGGUUUCUUGGUCGGCGGCGUUGGGGAAGAUGAGGCCCGUCUUCGUGGGGAACCUGGACUACGACACCCGCCACUCGGAGCUCGACCGCCUCUUCUACCGCUACGGCAGGAUCGAACGCAUCGACAUGAAGUCAGGAUUUGCUUUUGUCUACUUUGAGGAUGAACGUGAUGGCGAUGACGCCAUACGGGCUCUUGAUGGUUACCCCUUUGGCCCUGGGAGACGCAGGCUUUCGGUUGAGUGGUCACGGGGUGAUCGAGCUGCUAGACGUGAUGGCAAUAAACCAGCGGCAAACACUAAGCCCACUAAGACAUUGUUUGUCAUUAACUUUGAUCCAAUCAACACAAGAGUCACUGAUAUUGAAAGACACUUUGGACCAUUUGGGAAUAUCUCUAAUGUUCGGAUAAGGAGGAACUUUGCAUUUGUCCAGUUUGAAACACUGGAAGAAGCCACAAAGGCUCUCGAAGCUACUCAUGCUACCACGCUCUUGGACAGGGUGAUAUCUGUUGAGUAUGCCUUUAGGGAUGAUGGCGAACGAAGUGAUAGGUAUGACAGUCCAAGAAGAGAAGGCGGCGGCGGCGGCUAUGGUAGGCGGGGUGAUAGUCCAUAUCGCCGAUCUGUUAGCCCAGUGUACCGGUCACGACCUAGUCCUGACUAUGGUCGCUCAGGGAGCCCUGUAUAUGGUUCGUAUGACAGGAGCAGGAGUCCUGUUCGUGAUCGCUAUCGGAGAUCUCCUGUCCCUCGAUCAAGAUCCCCGCCUGCCAACAGAAGAGCUUAUGACUGAGAACUAUCUCUGUUAUGGUACUGGGGCGGCAGCUUGUAUCCGUCGUGUCCAGCUGUACCACCCAGUAGCGUUUCGCCUUAAGUGACAUGGAACUCCUGUGUUUUAAACUGGACCUGUACUUCAUUAUGCUAUGUGUCUGUCACAGAUUCUAGUUUGCAUUGAGAUGUUUUCGAGUUCUAUUGUACUGUCAUGCUGC